UUAUAAACGCUUUGGAGGAGAGAAAAUCGUGCUGCUGCUGGGCCAUGGGAAUCCACCAGCUUCUCUCUCUCUCUCUCUCUCUCACCCUGCCUUUUGCUAACCUUGUUCUAGAAAAAUAAAAUCCAAGAAGACCAUAUCUUCCCAAAACAGCCUCAUCUCAUCCUCUGCUCCUCCUCAGAGAUAUAUGAUUCUCUUAGAUGAGGUUUGUAUUUGAUAUCAUGCUGCGGAAAAACAGGACAUGUGCGCAACAGGGUGUUGAUCGAGGCUGUUCACUGGCUGGGUUCUAUCUUGGAUGGAUCACUCUCAAGUUUUGCUAGAUGGUAUUGAGUUAGUGGACACUUAGAUUAAAGAUAAUGGGUUCUGGUGACUGGUUCAAGGCGAUAAUCAGCCUAAAGAAAGCAAAGGAGGACAAAUCAAAACAGGGGUCUUCUGCUACUGAAAAAUCAAAUGGAUUCAAAUGGAGGCAUCGCUCUCGUAAAUCAUCAAUUAAGUUUUUCAAUGGUGCCUCUAGUGGAAAUGCCAGGAUUCUUGGAAUGCCAAUUGAAGACAUAGCAGCUACUCGGAUUCAAACUGCUUUUCGAAGCUUUAUGGCAAGGAAAGCUUUACGUUGUUUGAAAGGGUCAGUAAGAUUACAGGUCGUUACACAAGGUCAUACCGUCAACAAGCAAGCAUUGACCACCUUGAACUAUCUCAAAUCAUGGAGCAAAAUACAGGCCCAGAUUAGAGCUCGUCGGAUUUGUAUGGUAACAGAAGGCCGAAUUCGACAAAAGAAGCAUGACAAUCAAUUAAAGCUUGAGGCCAAGCUCCACGAGCUAGAGGUUGAAUGGUGUGGCGGCUCUGAUACGAUGGAGGAAAUUCUUGCUAGAAUACAACAGAGAGAAGAAGCUGCAGUUAAGCGUGAACGGGCAAUGGCUUAUGCCUUUUCUCAUCAGUGGCGUGCCAAUUCCAACCCGAACCUGGGCCAUGUCACCUAUGACUUUAGCAAAGGCUGGGGGUGGAGCUGGAUGGAACGUUGGAUCUCCGCACGCCCGUGGGAAAGCAGGAUUCCCGUCCAGUCCAGCCCCACUAAAAACCAAAGCAAGCAAGCAAGCAAGGUGAGUAAAAAUCUAAGCCCAUCAGCGACGCGAACCUCCGUCCCAGUAAAAACUCCUUCCUCUAAUGGGAAAGGACAUGCCCGCGUUGCUGACCUACCAAAGAUGAAAAAAUUGCCCACCGAGAAAGAGAAACCUGUAAUGCAGGAGGUGAAGACUAAGGUAGUGGUAAGCUCUUCUCCUUCUACCAAAGCCGGUGAAACAAAUGGCAAGCAAGAGCAGGCAGUUUCAUCAUGAACAAGUGAAAAAGGUAUUUGACGCAAUGCCGGUACCGGGGUGGGCCAUGGGACCGAUCACUGAUCUACUGCCGGGUUCAAUGCAAGACAAGGCGAAACAUGUGGGUGGAAGAGGGGUAUUUCCUUAGCAGCCUUGUUUGGUUGUCUUCUCGUUGUUUCAUAUAUAGAAAUGUUGGUGUGGAGAGAGAGAGAGAGAGAGAGAGAGAGAGAGAGGGUUUGAUGGAAGCGUGCAAAAUAAAAAGAACAGGCCACACUUGUGGAAGUAGCCUGAUCAAAUAUAUCUAUUUAUUAUGUAAAUUUAGCAAUUUGAAUUCUGUAUUUGCUUUCAUCACAAGGUAUGCUUUUGUGUAA